AGCUAGUAGCUCAAGUCGCAUUCGGUAGUCGGCACCCCCAUCUUUGAGCUAUUUGCUAUGGGACACCAUAUUGCUCGACUUACUUUGCUGCUAGGUUCCUGGCACGUCUUUCUUUGGUGCUGUCGAACUGCUUUCACGGGGCCGUCUAGGGCGGAAAGCAGAAGCUCCAGCGCUUGCACACUGUGUAGGGUUCGCGAGCGGCGCAAAACAGCCAGAGGAAAGGGCUUGGACAAGCAGUUGAACCCUCAGCAGAUCACUCUCCGGAUCACCCAGGCUGCUUCUGCUUCAGAGGUUCUGGGAGUUGUGAGGGAGCAACAAAGGAACCCGAAGCUGGAUUUCAUUGCUGUGUCCGCAGCCUGGCACAAGAUGGCAAACCUGCAGCACAGUGUUUCAGCCGAGGUUCUAAGGGACUCCUUCUUGAUGGAGUUUGUUGGCUUGACAGGACAGAUGGCAGUGAGGGCGCAGGCAGAGGCAAACAGGAAUGCACGUGCUGUUGCCAGCAUUUAUUGGGCAGUGGUGCAGCUUGAGCCGUACAUGUCUUCCCAACUGAAAAGUUUGCAGGCAAGCUUGGGCGCUGCAGCCAAGAAGACAGCAGCGCACAUGAAGGCGCAGGAAGUGGCAAACACGAUUUGGGCUGCGGCCAAACUGUCAGAGACAGGCGAUAUUUCCUUGCUUGUUGCGCUGCCAAGCCUUGUGGAGAGGGUGAAGGAGGUAAAGUCGGAGAUGAAGGCACAAGAAGUUUCAAACGUUAUUUGGGCUGCGGCGAAGUUGUCCGAGGUGGAAGCAGAUGACUCCUUGCUUGCUGUUCUUCCCGCCUUGGCUGAGAGAGUGCAGGAGGUGAUCUUGGCUAUGAAGGCACAGGAAGUAUCAAACAGCAUUUGGGCCACUGCAAAGCUGCGGGAGUCAGGAGAUGACUCAUUGCUUUUGGUUCUUCCGGUUUUGGUAGAGAGGGCCAAAUCAGUAAGGCCUCAGAUGAUUCCGCAGCAUAUCACCAUGACGAGGUGGGCUGUGGAGGUGUUCUCUCACGAUGCCCGGCUUGCGGAUACAGUUCAGACUCUGCGGAUGCUUUUGCCGCAGUCCGGGUGAGCCCUAGAGCUCCAUAAACCUUGCCAAGCCACUAGGUGACUUAGGGUUGAUGAAGGCUUGGCGGCGACUGCCCUGCUGGUCAAGCAGCUGCGAGUCGGACGUACCGAAUGCGCGUCAGGGGUUUCCAUCAACACUGGAGUUGGAGUCUUUGUUGAGUGUGACCAGCCUCCUCGUGCAGGUCCCAAAAUUUGGACGGGUAUUUCAAAC